AGGCCGCGGGCCACACCUCUCGCCAGCAGCCCGGGCAGCAUGACCCUCGCUCCUCUGUGGGUGUUUCUGCCGCUGGUCGCCGUGGCCCGGGGCCAGUACGGCGACUACGGCUACCCGUACCAGCAGUACCGCGACUACGGCGACGACGGCUGGGUGAACCUGAACCGGCAGGGCUUCAGCUUCCAGUGCCCGCAGGGGCAGGUGGUGGUGGCCGUGAGGAGCAUCUUCAGCAAGAAGGAGGGCUCGGACCGCCAGUGGAACUACGCGUGCAUGCCCACGCCCCAGCGGCUGGGGCAGCCCACCGAGUGCUGGUGGGAGGAGAUCAACAGGGCUGGCAUGCAGUGGUACCAGACGUGCUCCAACAAUGGGCUGGUGGCCGGGUUCCAGAGCCGCUACUUCGAGUCGGUGCUGGACCGGGAGUGGCAGUUCUACUGCUGCCGCUACAGCAAGAGGUGCCCCUAUUCCUGCUGGAUGACGACAGAGUACCCCGGCCACUACGGCGAGGACAUGGACAUGAUUUCCUACGACUACGACUACUACAUGCGGGGGGCGACCACCACGUUCUCUGCCGUGGACAGGGACCGCCAGUGGAAGUUCAUAAUGUGCCGGAUGACGGACUACGACUGUGAAUUCGCAAAUGUUUAGGCUCUCGGCCGACCAGACCCGGGGGAAGGGGAGGGGCGGUGGGUGGGGGAUGGGGGCAGGACGGCCACCUCUGCUCACAUCAGCUGGGUCCAGAGAGGCUCCUGCUGCCGUCUCUUCUCUGCUUCCUAAGCCUUUCUGAGUAGCAUCACACUUAUAAUGAAACCCACGAUGAAACCGCAUUUCUCACUUCCAACACGGACCACAGUUACACAGGGCUGACCACGGCUUCCCCGCAUGUAUGCACACGCACACGCACACGCUCACAGCCGGGCCCUGGUCGGAGCUGUCCCCGGGCGGAGGGGUGGUGGCUCUGCACAUUGGAAGCCGGGGUCCUUGCCGGGGGCGGUGGGGGGGCAGACCACCCCGCAGAGGGGACAACUGUCUGGGAAGUUCGGUGCACAGCUCUGCUCUGGGAGUGCAGACCCUGGAAGGAGAACUGGAGAGUGGGAGGGUUCGGGGGUGGAACUGAAGGACGGGGGUGGACGAGUUUCUGGGGGGAAGAGGCUGUCGGGGGAGGCCAGAGGACGGGACUCAGGUUGGCCUCCCGGGAGGAAGGAGCGUUGGGAAAAGGGAACGGGUUUGAGUCGCCGGCACCUGGAGGCACGGCCAGGACCUGGGAAGCUUGGUCUCGAUUUUCUGGACGGCAAAGGCUGCCCCGAGGGUCCACUCCCCUCCUCUGUGCAGUUUAGGGGGUCUUCGCAGAGGUGACACUGUCUCCCCCCCUUCAGUGUGUCUGUCCCCCAGCCCUGUGCACUGUCCCCACUAUAAAAGGAAUAAAAAUACUAACGUUCACUACGCUGCAAA